CAUCUCCCGCGCCGCUCGGCUUGCACUCGGUGCCUCCCUUGCGUGGUCGCUGCCCUAGCGCACCUCACCUCCGCUCUCCGCUGCUCUCGAUCGCCGCCGUCGUUCCAGAUUCCCGUUACAAUGAGUUCUGAAUUAUACGACGAUAAUGUGGUGCUUAGAUUCAAACUCACUGGUGGAAGCAGAUUUUGGUCAAGAUGCAACCUUGAAUUGAAAUUAACUAUGUGAGAGGUGCUCCUGGGGUUUAGGAUGAUGCGGUGUUGGAGGGUCAAAGACUCGUGGGCUGCAAUUAUUCCUGCAAGGAGGCUGUGGCUUCGCCAUGCUUGUAGUAAAUUGUUUGUCGUAGGCCUUUCUUAUGAUACCAAUGAAAUUGCCCUGAGAGAUGCUUUUGCUGAACAUGGUGAAGUUGUAGAAGUCAAAGUUAUAUGUGAUCGGAGUACUACUAGCAAGUCAAAAGGAUAUGGCUUUGUCCAAUUUUCUUCAGAAAAAGAGGCAACCAUUGCAUUGCAAAAGAUGGAUGGUGAGUUUCUGGAUGGAAGAUAUAUUCGUGUACACUACGCAAACAAGGGAUGAAACCUGCGAUAGUUUGACUAUCCUAUUGGAUUGAUGUUGCUUUGAAGUUUUUAUACCAGAAGUUCGAUCGUCAAAUAAAUAUUUUUUGGGCUUAUUAGAUGUGAGCUUCACUGUUUUAGAAAC